AUGGACGGUCCUCUCCGCCGCCCAGCGGGGAUCCUCGGCUCCCCCCCGGCUUCUGGGAGCCAGCCUGCGGGCUCAGACUCGCUCAUCUCCGGCAGCAAACCUCUCGCUUUCUCCAUCGACCGGAUUAUGGCCCGGACGCCGGAGCCCAAGUCGAUAAUCCCGCUCCCCAGCUGGUUCCAGCCCGCUCCUCCCGCGGGGAAACUCGACCCGGCCCCGCUGCACUGCAUGAUCCCGCUGCUGCCGCUCGGGUAUGAGACCGGACACCGGAUCAGCAUCACCGGGCUGGAACCGGGACACUUUGACGCGUCUUCUCUCGCGGCUCCGGCAGACUUUCUGGGUUUUGGGCUGAACUACAAGCACGGUCCCCCGCAGGAUGAGUCCUCUCCGGGGCAGUACAAGCUGUUCCGGCCGCGCGUCGUGAACCAGUCCCAUUUCCCCGCCAUGGGCACCGUGUGCUACCUGAACUGCACCGGGGACACCGGAGGAGGAGGGUGCGCGCCCCCCGGGCUCGUGAACCUGCACCCCAUGGCCUCCUACCUGCUCAGCGCGCGCCACAAAGCCCUCAUGGCGGAGAAGAGCGUGAAGCCGGGGUUACAGCAGCAGACCGAUCGGUACCCGGUGAGUCAGAGUCAGAUCCAGAACUACAUGAAGGACCACAUCCUCACCGAGAAGAUCUUCAAAGGCUCCGCGGCGGCCCGGAUCCAAGGCUCGUGUCCCGGGAACAAACCCAAAGUGUUCACCUGCGAGGUCUGCGGGAAGGUGUUUAACGCGCACUACAACCUGACGCGCCACAUGCCCGUGCACACAGGCGCGCGGCCGUUUGUGUGCAAAGUGUGCGGGAAAGGCUUCCGACAGGCGAGCACGCUCUGCAGACACAAAAUCAUACACACUCAGGAAAAGCCUCACAAGUGUAACCAGUGCGGGAAGGCGUUCAACCGCAGCUCCACGCUCAACACACACACGCGCAUACACGCGGGAUACAAGCCGUUUGUGUGUGAGUUCUGCGGGAAGGGAUUUCAUCAGAAGGGAAACUACAAGAACCACAAGCUGACGCACAGCGGCGAGAAGCAGUUCAAGUGUGCGAUCUGCAACAAGGCCUUCCACCAGGUGUACAACCUCACCUUCCACAUGCACACGCACAACGACAAGAAGCCCUUCACCUGCCCCACCUGUGGAAAAGGCUUCUGCAGGAACUUUGACCUGAAGAAACACAUGAGGAAGCUGCACGACCUCAACACCGCGCAGCCCCCCCCGCAGGCCUGA